AGGUAAACCUUGUUUAUUCCUUAAAUUCGUUUAACCAAUUCAAUUCGGACUCUGCACGUCACAAUCCGAAAACUAUAGUAACAAAACCCGAGGAUAACGAAACCGGCGACGCAAUACAACUAGGCUACAUAAUUCAGGACAAAAGCAACAGUACGACAUGCUUUUUGAACAGUAUCCGGCGGGAAGAAGAUGAUACCGCCGCCAUAUCCUGAGAGACAGCACAACCAGGGGCGGAUCAUUAUAAGUAUAUGUUUAUUUAAAAUUAAAGUCCAGCUCACCCCAUUAGCCUGCGUUCCACCUGCGGGAGUGCGAGGGAUCAGGGAAGCCUCCAGAUUCUAGUCGGACAGUGCCGCCGUUCGAUCUGCGUCCGCCGUCCAGUGGUGUUGGCAAGGGGCGAUCUGCGUUGCUGCCUCCUGGCCGGCAGAGCGCCACAGCCCACUCCGGCCCUCCAGGUCUCCACUCUCCGGCGACCAGGUCAGUAGGUCACCAGCCUCCGGAGUCUGGCCCUGACCUCUGCGCCUCUGCCCUCCAGUACUCCAGUCUCGCCUCUAGCUUUCUCAGUCCAACCUGCGGCUGCCUCCAGGAGUCAGCCCACCCCUUCGCUGAAUCGCUGUUUUCCUAUCCAUAGUGAGAAUUGGAGCUCAAGUAGUUGACGCCGUUGAGUAAAAUAGCAGCGGCUCACAUGGGUAUCAUAAUAGAUGGGUCUAUAUCUGGAAAUUUACCCAGCAACGACAAUACCUUCAUUGUCCACUAUCCUGCUUAUCCUUCGUCCCUCCAACGAGCUGUCGAGACUCUCGGUGGCACUGAAGCCAUUGCCAAGGCUCGCACUUCAAAGACAAACACAUUGGAGCUCCGUUUCCGCCCUGAAGACCCUUAUUCACAUCCAACUAUUGGGAAGCAUAAAUCCUCACUUAAUUUUCUGUUAAAAAUAACAAAAGAGAAAAUCUUGGCUGUUAAAAAUACAGAGACCAACUAUAGAUUAUCAAAAACUUCUUCAUUGGAUAUGACUAGUAUUGACCAAAAUAAGUCACAUCCUGAAUCUUCUGAAGCUUCCAAACACGCCAAUCAAACUGAAACUGUAUCAGCUGAUGCUUGUAAAGAUGUUAGCGAGAGGAAAGAGGAAGCUUUGAAAGAACAACUUUCUGCUGAUGUUGUUGCUCUAGUGGCUGAUGCAUAUCAUUUUGAUGGAAUGGCAGACUAUCAACAUGUUAUUGCUGUCCACGCUGAUGUUGCUAGAAGAAAGAAAAGAAAUUGGGCUGAAUUGGAAAUGAAUUUUGAGAAGAGCAAUCUUAUAGAUGCUGAUCAAGAGGAUCUGAUGAUUUUAGUACCACAGCUUUUCUCCAUGAAGGAUAUGCCUGAUAAUAUUAUGUUGAAACCAUGUGGAACUUUGAGCUCAAAAAAGAAGCAAGAAGGGGUUGUCCAACAAUCUUGGGAGAUGGAAAUAGAGCCAUGUCUUGCCAUUGACUUUAACAACAAAGAUAUUCCUAAGAAAGUAAACUGGGAGAAAUACAUUUCGAAAGGAACAGAUGAAUGGGAGUUGCAGACAGCCGUAUCCAAGUUUUUUGACGAGCGUCCAGUUUGGGCAAAAGAGGCAUUGGCUGAACGCUUACUUCAAAAAGGGAUGAAUCUUAGAGAAUCCAUGCUGAAAAGGCUUCUUUUCAGAGAAGCAUAUUACUUUUCUCAAGGACCAUUUCGGAGACUGUGGAUAAGAAAAGGAUAUGACCCUCGCACAGAUCCUGAGUCUCGCAUAUAUCAAAGUAUUGAUUUUCGAGUACACGAUCCAUUGUUGCGAAGUUACUGCGAGGCUCAAACAGAAUCCGGAGUGAAGCACAGAUGGACAGAUGUAUGCUCAUUUCAAGUUUUCCCUUCUAAGUGCCAAAUAUCAUUGCAGCUUUGCGAUCUUGUUGAUGAUUACAUCCAAGAAGAGAUAAAAAAACCACAUAAGACAACAGAAUGCAGUUGUCAAACUGGGUGGUUCCCCUCUAAUGUGCUUGAGUGCCUCAGAUUGCGUGUUUCUAUCAGAUUUGUAUCUGUCUACCCCAAUCCUGGUGUGGAACAAUUGCUAAAAAAACUUUCUGCCCGCUUUGAAAGAUCAAAGAGAACACCAAGUCAUGUGAUACGUGAUGAAGAAAAGGAACAAGAAGAUGUUGAUCAAGACAUGGAAAAUAAUGAAGGCAAUGAAGAUGCUGAUGGUGAUGAAGGUGAGGUUGAGGAAGACAGCAAGCAUGAAUUUGAAGUACAUGACAUGGUUGAACCGGAAGGGAAUAUAUCUUCACAACAUGGUUUAUACAAUGACAGCAUAUCUAGGACAUACUUGCAAGAGCUUUUUGGCAAUUUCCCUUGUACGGAUGGAAUGCCUGAAGUGCAAGAUGACCAGACAGAUGGAGAGUACCAGAUCUAUGAUCAAUUUGGUGAUGAGGAUUACUCUGAAGCUGAUGACUACUAAGGUGUCAAAUCUAGCUGGUAUGCUAGUUGAUUUAGGGGAAUAUUGUUAUUUUUUUGAAAAUGGGAUUAUUGUUAUUAAUUAUUAAUUAAGUGAUGAGCUAAAGAGGCCAGAAUACAAUCAGAAGGAUAAUGUUUCCAAAUACGUCAGUUAGGCAUAGAAACUGACGCACCAGCCAGAGAGUGAGCUGCCCAUUCUUCAGAUAGUUUUUUUAUAUGUAAAUUAUGAUACAUUGUUUGCUAAGAGCAUCACCAAUGCUAUACCGUUAACAUGCUAAAAAUCUUGACACAUGUCAAUUAAUAAAUGGAAUUGUCAUCCACGUGAAGUGAUAU